AUGCAGCGCGUCAGGCACCUCGCGUGCAAAUACGCCCUGGCCGCCCCUGCGGCGCGCCGCGCCGCCCGGAUCCCCACCGCACCGGCCCGUGUCACCAUCACAACCAACACGGCGCACCCAGCGCAGCGCCGCGCCCCGGGCGGGCUGCGGCGGUGGCGGCAGCGCGCCGCCGUGGUCCUCGCCGCCGCGCCGGGCACGUCCGCGGCCCCGAGCGGCGGCACCGGUGGCCUCGCGAAGGGCGACGUCAUCGAAGUCGUCUGCACCGAGGUGGCGUCGACGGGGGCGGGGGUGUGCCGCGCGGACGCCGACGGGCUCGUUGUGUUCUGCCGCGGCGCGCUGCCGGGGGAGCGCCUCACCGCGCGCAUCGUGCGGCGGAAGAAGACCUUCGCGGAGGCAACCAAAGUGGCGUCGCUGGCGCCGCCCGCGAACGCAGCGGUUCCGGCGUGCCCGCACUACGGCCCCUGCGGCGGCUGCUCGCAGCAGGCGAUCACCUACGCCGCCCAGCUCGCGCUCAAGCACGGCACCGUGUCAGACGCUCUGCUGCGCAUCGCGCGCCUCCCCGCGGCGCACGUGGACGCGGCGCUGCGGCCGAUCGUCGGGUCGGACCCCCCUCUGCGGUACCGCAACAAGGUGGAGUACAGCUUCAGCCACCAGGCGUGGGACGGCGCGGAAGACUCCCCCCCCGCGCCACGCGCGGCGCUGGCGUUCGGCCUGCACCGCCCCGGCAGCGCGACGGAGGUCCUGCCGAUCGACGACUGCCACCUGGCCACGGAGGAUGCCGCCGCGAUCCUGCGCACGGUCGGCGACGCGGCGGCGCGGCGCGGCCUCGUCGCGCACGACCCUCGCAGCCCCUCGGCGUGCGCGCUGCGGCACGCCGUCGUGCGGCGCGGCACCGCAGCGUCGAACCAGGCGGCGGAGUACCUCGUCGCGAUCGCGGGCGACGCGGGGCGCGGCGGCGCGGCGGCGCUCGCGCGGGCCCUGGACGGAGUCGCCGCGGAGCUGGCUGACGCACAUGGGCCGACAGCAGGGGGGGGGUUGGUCGGGGUGGUCGCCGUGGACGUUCCCGGGCGGCACGCGUCGCGGCGGCGCGCGGCGGGGGAGCGCGUGGUGUGGGGGCGCGGGUGGAUUGAGGAGACCCUGUGUGGGUUAUGGUUUCGCAUAUCUCCGAGCAGUUUCUUCCAAGUGAAUACCGCGCAGGCCGAGCGGCUGUACGCGCUCGUCCGGGACGGCGCGGAGCUGCGACCCGAGGACGUGGUGCUGGACCUGUACUGCGGCACGGGGACAAUCGGGCUCACCCUGGCGGCGCGCGUGCGGGAGGUUCACGGCGUGGAGGUCUCGGCUCCCGCCGUCCGCGACGCCCGCGCCAACGCCGCCCGCAACGGCAUCGAGAACGCGACCUUCCACGAGGGCGACGUUGCCGGCCUCGAGCCCAGCAGCGCUCUCAGCGGAAAGCUCCCGCGCCCGGACGUCGUCGUCGUCGACCCGGCGCGAGCGGGCCUGGCGCCCGAAGUGCGCGCGUACCUGAAGACGUGCGGCGCCCGGCGCCUCGUGUAUGUGUCCUGCGACCCCGCCACGUGGGCACGGGACAUUGCAGAUCUCUGUGGGCUGCAGCGGGGCGACGUCGACGCGGACGUGGCGCCGCAGGGGCCGUACCGGCUGGUCAGCGCGACGCCGGUCGAUAUGUUCCCGCAGACGGCGCACGUCGAGACCGUCGCUGUGCUUGACCGCGAUGGGGCGUGCAAGGUGUGA